CUACGCUACUAUUCACGCCAUACCACCCCAAUAUUUAACGCCCCCCAUUAGCCCUCCUUCCCACCAUCUCGCUUCAAGAUCGAAUAAUCCGGCCAUCUCAACGGAUCGGAGCUCCGGGAAAGAAUCGAAAACGCCGGCAUGGGUAUAUGCACGUCCUGCGAGUCCACGUCGGUGGCGACGGCGAAGUUGAUUUUAACGGACGGGAGAUUAGAGGAGUUUUCGUACCCGGUGAAAGCGUCCUACGUUUUACAGAAGGACCCGACCAUCUUUAUAUGUAACUCCGACGAAAUGGACUUCGGCGACGUCGUCUCCGCGAUAAGCGGCGACGAGGAACUCCAGCCCGGACAGCUCUACUUCGCGCUGCCGUUGAGCCGGCUCAAGCGCCGCCUCCAAGCCGAGGAAAUGGCCGCAUUGGCCGUCAAAGCUAGCUCCGCGUUGACCAAGAGCGGCGGCGGCGCGUGCUGCGACAAGAAAUGCGGGUGUCGCCGGAAAACCCUCGAUUUUCCCGUCGAUAAAGGCUCCAAGGCUGCCGCCGGGGAUAAUGGGUCUGUAGUUGCGGGAAGAAGUAGUAACGGCCGCCGGAGAUCAGGGAAAUUCGCGGCGAAGUUGAGCGCGAUACCGGAAUAGACGACGUCGUAACCAUCUUGACAGUGAUCCAUUAUUUCAUUUUUGUAAAUAAUUAGUGUACGAGGUAGCGUAGCGUAACAAAUCAUUUUGAGGUUAAUAUUAUUUGUUGGCCGGACACCAUUUGGUCGUUAGUUAAAACCCCACGUUUACGUUUA